GUAAUAAUAGUUUCGAGGUGGAAUCGUAGUCGCGAAGGGGGACCUGUGUGUUCACGAAUUCCGACCGCGCAAUCGGCAUCGCGAGUGGCUCCCAUAAUAUUUCGCCAGCUCCAGGCCGGAGCUCGCGCUUGAUUUCGAGGGAAAUCGGACCGUCCAGCAUCGAUUCGUGCAGCAUAUUUCAGUGAAGGAACCUUUGUAGCGCUCGCUACUGUCGUGUGUAAAGGCGGUUGGCUUCGGUCACGAGCUAAUCGAUACGGUCACGGAGACUGCCGAAGGGCGGCCGGGCGCGCCCGAACUCGGGCCGAGCGCGGCCGAGCGUGGCCGAGCACGGCCGAGCACGUAGCGCGAGCGACGCGUAACGAACAACGCGCUGCCCUCUUCUGCUUCGGUCGAAACGGGGUUUGCGUCUACGGGCGCGGCUUUGCGUCUUCGAGCUGGCGUUUUACGUGGUAAAAUGUCCUCCUACGAUCCAUUAAGCGUGUGUCGACUGUGUCUCACAAAAGCCCAACAAAUCCGAGAGAUUUUUGCGGACGUUGGAGAAGAUGAUGUUUCUACAGAUACGAAGAUCCACACUUGGCUGCCGAUCAAGGUUCUCAGAGAAGAUAAAUUUUCUCACAUAAUAUGUGAGAGUUGUUUUUUUGUAGUAGAUCAGGCAUACAAUCUUUGGAAAACUUGCCUUAAUGCAGACAAGCAAUUACGAGAAUGGCAAAGCAGCGUAAACACACACCGUUAUACUACUGUUACCACUAUGCUCGACCAGGACAUAAUGAAAGGAGAACAGAGCAACGAGAACAGGUUAGAUGGUAGUGUGAUGAGCGGGCAUCAGAACAGUAUGAACAUGGAUAUGGACAAUAUGCAGAUGAUGUCGAUAAUGAUGCCCAACAACAAUCAACAACAAAUAACCUCAGUUCCUAUCGACACCAGUGGUGGCUCUAUACAAAAUAUCCAAGUAAUAGCUGGAUCGAGUACGCAACCACAUGAAAUUAUACAAAGUCAAACAAACGUACCCACGCAACAAGAAGAGGAAGAAGAUGAAAGUACUGACGAUUCAGAAGAUGAAGGAGAUGAGGGAGAUGAAGGCCUACCUAUAAAAGAAGAAAGUGAAGAAGAUCCUAAUAACAGUAGAACCAUCGAGCCUACAACGUUCGUGAACGUUUCUUUACAUUGCGAUGAAGCAGGUCCUUCAGGAAUUCGUCAGCAGAAAAUAAGUGACAUACAGGAGCUGGCACAGGCAGCAGACAUAGAUCCGAAAACUGGGGUGACCAUCAUCACGGACGUCAGCGAUGCGACGACGCAGACUCGAGAGGAAUCGCCUGUUGUCAAAGAACAGAAGACAUCUUCGGAGAAAAAAAAUUGCAAAAAGCAGGACUUCGCCUGCGACGUUUGUUCCAAACGACUCAAGACCAAGUAUUUGCUAAAGCUACAUAAACGCACGCACGCGACGGAACGUGUGCCAAGUGCGAAGAAGAGGCCCGCGUUGUCUCGUAAUCAGGAGGCACUCUCCUGCCUAACCUGCGACUUUCGGUGCAAUAAGAGGUCCACGAUGAUCGCACAUCUGUCCGAGCACGAAAAAGAGUCCACAACCACCACUGUCAUCGCUAUCACUCCCGCCCCCGCCCCCAUCACCACCACCACCACCACCACCACAACCACUAUCACCACUAGUACUACCAGCAACAUCAACACGAUGAACAGUGACAAGCAAGAGCUCACGUGCAUCGUCUGCGGGGUGGUGUGCGCUCGCAAGGAGACUCUGAGAUCGCACUUCGUGCGCAAGCACACGCAGCAGUACAGCUACUCGUGCGAGCACUGCGGCAAGGAGUUCAAGAUCAAGGGCGACCUCACCACGCACACCCGACUGAAUCACCGCGAAUCGCCGGUGAUAUGCGACGUCUGUGGUAAGACUUGCCGUAACAGCCACAGUCUGUACACUCAUCAGAAGCACGCGCACUACAAGGCGAAGUACGAGUGUCCGCUGUGCCAUCGGCGCUUGGUCACGCAGGAGAACCUGGACCAGCACAUGCUGACGCAACACGAGAGGAAGGAGAAAUCCGUGUGCGAGGAGUGUGGCAAGACCUUCUUUGAGAAUUACGACCUGCGGAAGCACAUGAGAAUCCACACCGGCGACAAGCCAUACAACUGCACCGUUUGUAGCAGAGCUUUCGCCAGACACAGCAGCCUCAGUCAGCAUCUCCUGCUGCACACCGGCGAGCGCAUUUACGCGUGCGACGUCUGCGGCAAGUCCUUCGCGCAGAAGGCCGGCCUCAUCUGCCACCGAAAGAUCCACUCGGGCACUUACAAUCCUCGCGGUAUUUUCAUCUUUGAUAAAGAAUCGGUGGUAAUGAAGAAAUGGCAGAUUCUGGAGUUCGACGGCAAACCGUAUUAUGCGUUUGUGCCCGAGGAGGAAGACAUGCCAUUGCCAGAUGAAGAAGAAGUGCCGGAGCAAAUAGAGCAAUUAGAUGACGAACUAGAGGAUGAAACCACCGACCUCGGUUUGAAACAGGAACUAGUCUUCGAUGGAGAAACUUACUACGACUCCAUGGAGGAGAAACUGUAUGAGAAUGAUAACAUCUUCAAUGGAAACGCCGACGAAAAGAAGGAGAGUCAAAACAUAAAGCCUAUUAUGUACAACGGCGUCAAGGAGAGCAACAAAUCGAACAUGGGAGAUUUAUAUCAGGUGAAAGUGCAGGGUAGCGUGGUGACUCUCGAGAAGCUCACAUCCACGGAGGAGAUAGUGGAGGAGCAAGUGGAGGCGACAAAGGGGACUGAGGAAUAUCAAACGGAGGACUACGACUACGAGGUGGCGGAGGUGGCGGACAUCGAGUAUCUCGAGGAUGAAGUAAUUGAAGAGCCCAGCAUCAACGACACCAGCGAAUCACCCGCAAAAGCGACUGAAAAGUCACCGAGCUCCAGUGGUGCGCUCAAGUGUAGGGUAUGCUCGGAGACGUUCACGUCCGAGAUAGCCUUCAGGAAGCACGUGGCGUGGACGCACAAGAAGAAGGUGUGCAUCAAGGAGGACGGUGCUUACAUAUGCGCCGUGUGUGAUUACAGGACGUUGAAAAAAAGUCUGUUCGCCGCGCAUCUUGAGAGGAAGCACGAGACCUGGUCGAGGAAGCGGCAGAACACCAUGGUAUUCCCAUGCGCGGCUUGCGGUUUCGUAUGUAGAUCCAAGCAUUCCCUGCAGUCACACUUCAUUCGGAAGCACACGGACCGCUACGAGCAUCAGUGUAAUUUCUGUUCGAAGAAAUUCAAGGUCAAGGGUGACCUCACCAACCAUAUACGGUUCCAUCACAAGGAGAAGCCGGUCAAGUGCGACGUGUGUGACAAGCUCUGCUUGAACAGCGGCUCCUUAUACGUCCACCAGAAAUGGGCUCACUACAAGCCAAAGUACGAGUGCCACAUCUGCAAGAGACGCAUGGUAACGCAGGAGAACUUAGACCAACAUUUGUUGACGCAGCACGAGAAGCGCGACAAGAUAGUGUGCGCGGAGUGUGGCAAGACGUUCACCAAGAAGGACUCUUUUAAGCGCCACAUGGUAGUGCAUACCGGUUGUAAGCCUCAUUCCUGUUUGAUCUGCAACAAACCGUUUGCCAGACGGUCACAGUUACGUCAGCAUUUGCUGAUCCAUACCGGCAAACGGCCGUUUGUCUGCGACAUUUGCGGCAAAGCGUUCACGCAAAAGCCGGGCUUGAUCUGCCACCGGAAGACUCAUCCCGGGCCGCACCCGCCGUUGCCUGUGAUGCCGAUCGCGGACAUCGUUAAAGAGUUCACGGAUGGAUAUGUGCAGGAGAUUAACGCGCGUGAGAGCGGCGAGAGGAUCGAAGAGGAAGUAAUGGUGGAUCCGUUGAACGUCGAGUCCAACGUGAUCCAGAAGUCGCUUGUCAGGAUCGAGACCGAAUGGGCUGGUGACGAGGCGUCGUUGUUGGAGCGAGAAGAACGGACGCCAGAAGUGACAGACGCGAACGUAACCACGGAAUCACCUGGCUCGCGAGUCGCAGUCGGGGAGAAUCGACCGAUCAAGAGGAAAGCGACGUGCGUGGAGUGCGAUCAUUGCCGGCGCAAGUUUCUGAAGAAGAGCAAUCUCGCGGAGCAUCUGAAGCAGCACAGACACAAGUGCGCCGACUGCCCGAAGACCUUCACUCUGCAACGUUACCUGAUCUCGCACGUCGAGAAGAAUCAUCGCCAGCAAGUAUACGAGUGCAGCGUGUGCGACUACAAGAGCAACAAUAAGGGCACCCUGAAGAAUCAUUACAUACGACUGCACACCAGCAGCUACGACUACUCGUGCGAUAUUUGCGGCAAGCAGUUCAAGAUCAAGAAAGCGCUGAAUCAUCACGUGAAACAGAACCACAGUGGCGCGCCGCCGAUCGUGUGCGACGUGUGCGGCCACUUUAGCAAGAACCUGCACGCUCUCAAGGCCCACAUGAAGUACCGCCACUACAAGCCGGAGUUCGUCUGCCGGAUCUGCAGGCGCGGUAUGACCACGCAGAAGAAUCUCGAGCAGCAUCUCAUGUGGCACGAGACCAGGGAAAAGGUGUUGUGUCCGACCUGUGGCAAGAGGUUCCGCGGCCGCGACCUCGACUCGCAUAUGCGGGUGCACACGGGUGUGAAGCCGUUUCCUUGUCCAGUCUGCGGCAAGACGUUUCGACGGCAGACCGCUCAGGAGCAACAUGUGCUGAUCCACACGGGCAAGAGACCUUACAUCUGCGAUAUUUGCGGCCAGGCGUUCGCUCAGAAGCCCGGCCUUAUCUGUCACAGGAAAAGACAUCCAGGGCCGCUGCCCCCGUUACCGGUGGUCUCCAUCAAAAACAUCGUAACGGAAUUCACGAAGGAAUAUGCGACCAAAAGUGCGGUCAUUAAGAUCGAAUACGACAAUUCAGAGGCAUUUAAAGUCGACAAGGAGAACUAUACUUUUGAGCAUUUGAUUUCAGAUCUUAUGGAAAGCUUGACCUUGAAAGAUCCUAACAAGAUAAACGAUAUUAAGCAGCUACAGAACAGUUGGGAAAGCAAAAUGAACGACAUUGAACAGCGCCACAACAAAUCUAUUCAAUCCCCUGAACUUUUUAGAAAUAAGGAUGACGCGGAGAAGCAUAGUAACAUGAAGAAUUACUCGUGCCAAUUUUGCGACCAGAACUUGAACUUCCAGGAAGAAUUGAAUCAUCAUAUGAAGAUAAUCCAUAAACUACCUAAUUAUCCCUACGACAACGACAAUUCAGAGGCAUUUAAAGUCGACGAGAAGAACUACACUUUUGAGCAAUUGAGUAUGUAUUGGAUACGUACGCAUCCAAAUCGUAGGGAAAUCUUGAGUGAUUCUAACAAGAUAAACGACAUUAAACAGCUGCAGAACAGUUGGGGAAACAGAAUGAACGACAUUGAACAGCGCCACAACGAAUCUAUUCAAUCCCCUGAACUUUUUAGAAAUAAGGACAACGCGGAGAAGCAUAGUAACAUGAAGAAUUACUCGUGCCAAUUUUGCGACCAGAACUUUAAUUUGCAGGAAGAAUUGAAUCACCAUAUGAAGAUAAUCCAUGAACUACCUAGUUAUACCUACAACGACAGUUCAGAGGCAUUUAAAGUCGACGAGAAGAACUACACUUUUGAACAAUUGAGUAUGUAUUGGAUACGUACGCAUCCAAUUUCAGAUCUUAGGGAAAUUUUGAGUGAUUCUAACAAGAUAAACGACAUUAAACAGCUGCAGAACAGUUGGGGAAACAAAAUGAACGACAUUGAACAACGCCACAACGAAUCUAUUCAAUCCCCUGAACUUUUUAGAAAUAAAGACGACGCGGAGAAGCAUAGUAACAUGAAGAAUUACUUGUGCCAAUUUUGCGACCAGAACUUGAACUUCCAGGAAGAAUUGAAUCAUCAUAUGAAGAUAAUCCAUGAACUACAUAAUUAUCCCUACGACAAAAAUAAGGACAAUGCGGAGGAGCAUAGUAACAUGAAGAAUUACUUGUGCCAAUUUUGCGACCAGAACUUUAAUUUGCAGGAAGAAUUGAAUCACCAUAUGAAAAUAAUCCAUGAACUACCUAGUUAUCCCUACGACAAUGACAGUUCAGAGGUAUUUAAAGUCGACGAGGAGAACUGCACUUUUGAGCAACAAAAUCUUAUGGAAAGUUUGAGUGAUCCUAAGAAAAUAAACGACAUGAAUGUGUUAUUUCAUGAAUUGACUCAGAACAUAUUGCUUUCCAAAAAUAAUACCCCGGUUACGAGUCGUCCAGAAGCCCACGAUGUCGACUCAGGGAUGAUCGUCAGGGUGGAGCAGGUGGACUCUUUGGAUGAACUGGACCAACAUAUUGACGAGCAUUACACUUGGAUCUGUCCGCACUGCGACAAAAGCAUAGCACUUUUUGUUAAUAUAGAAUCACACUUGCGAUUUCAUAGGAAUGAGACACCUUUUAUCUGCGACAUUUAUGGUAGCGGUGACCCACUAGUGGAUCUUCUAUACCUCCCGGAUUCCAAAAGUAUUAAUAAUGAAUUUAUGAAUCCACUGAACGUUCCGGAUGUCAUCGAUUUGCAAUAUUCGUCCGUCGAAGAUACCGCCGACUUGUCUCUAUAUAAAAGGCCGGAACGGUUUGCCAAUUUUGGCCGAUUCUCGGGAGCUACGCCUUCUAUCUUCCCCUUGCCGCGAACGAGCCAUAAAAGUGACGGUCAAGCCUUCAAGCUUGAAGCCACGACUGGCCGCAACCGUCACUUUUGCGACCCGCUGCGCGACAAGGGAAAGAUAGAAGACGUAGCUCCCGAGAAUCGGCCGAAAUUGAUGCAUGAAGAAAUGGUUCACGCGGAUAACACACAGUCGAUUAAAUGCGACAAGUGUAAUAGCGUCUUCAAGCAUAAAAUUUUGCUAAAGAAACAUCAGCGCCAAGUACAUUCAGAAGCAAACUUUUCCUGCAGAAGCUGUAGUGGAAUGCUCUUCAAAACGCAGGAUGAACUGGACCAACAUAAUGCCGAGCGUCAUACUUGGAUUUGCUCAUACUGCCACGAAAACAUAGUACGAUUUAAGAAUAGAGAAACACACUUGCGGCUUCAUAGGGAUAAGAAACCUUUUAUCUGCAACGGCAAGAGAGAUUUACUUAUGGAUCCUCUGUACGUUCCGGAUUCUAAUAACUUUAUUGGUUCAUCUAUUAAUUCCCUGAUCGUAACGGAUGCUGAUUACUCGAAACAUACGCUCGAAAAUAUAGAGCACACCCUGGAGAUCGAUUCCUUGCCAGAAGAAAAUAAACAUCACAUUACGAAAAAAAGUGAGACGACGAAUGUAGUGGAGCAAGAGUAUCAUUGCGUGAAGGAAGUCACAAGAAAACAGAAUAUCAAUGAGGAAAGAAUCGCAAAAAAGAACAUGAAUCACCUUUGGGAGUCCUCCGAGUGCAACGAACAUUCCGUACAGAGGAUUAGCAUGAAAAAUCAUAACAGAAUGUACAAUUACUCACAGCAAACUUGCGGUCAGAACUUCAGCCUGCAGGAAAAAUUAAAUUGUCACGACGAGAUGUCUCAUGGACUUAAGUAUACCUGUCCCAAAUGUCCGUAUAAGAUAAACAGAAAGGACAGCUUGAAUAAACAUAUCAAACGGAUGCAUGAGAUUAGCUACGAUUAUGAGUGUGACAUAUGCGUGAAGAAAUUCAAAACGAAGGACGUCCUGAAGAAACAUAAAAAUCUGGUCCACACUGAAAUGCAGUCGAUAAAUUGCGACGAGUGUAAUCAUGUCUCCAAGAACCUGCAUGCUUUAAAGGAACACAAGAGAAUAAAACACUUUAAGUCGGAAUUCUUUUGCAAGAUUUGCAAACAAUACUUUAGAACGCAGGAUAAUCUCGAACAGCAUAGUAAGCGGCACAACAUGGCCUGUCCGACCUGCGGCAAAACAAUAGCAAGAUAUGAUAAUCUAAAAGAGCAUAUGCGGCUUCACACGAAUGAGAAAUCCAACGUCUGCAAUGUUUACGGCAAGGCGUACGCCCAGAAGACUGAUCUAUCCAUGCAAAUGAAGAAGCACUCCGGUCUGCUUUCCAAAUCGUCGACAGUACCCUAGAAAAACAUUGGCACAAGUUUUCUGAAGCUCCGCGAGACGGAAAGGAGUAGAAAUCAAAUAAAAGAAACAGAAGGGAAGGUUUGAAAUAAACUGAGUUUGUUUUUUAGUGCAAGUAUCAACAAGAAGGUAUAAUUUCAAAGACAUGUACUUUAUGUCAACUUUUCGAGGCUGAUCGUCUUUUUAUAAAUGUUACCAUUGAAUUUUAUAUUCAAUUUGUAAUUAAUUAUGAUUCUUGUAAUUAUUUAUGUAGAUUCUUAAUAUAUUUAUUGGUCCUCUGUACAUGAUAUGAUUAAUUUAAAAUUUUAAAUACACCAAAUGCAAGAAAGGCGUCUGUUUAUAUUGUAAGUAGAAUUUAUGAACAUUUGUGUAUUUUGCGGUGAAAUACUGCCGAAGUCCUGAUAGUUGAAUUAGUAUGGCGUCUGGCCUGGCAAAUAUUUGGGUUUGCCUCCCGACUGAAGCUGAUCCACAUAGCAGGAAUGUCCUAAAUAUAUCAUAAGGAUAUCUUGAAGAUAUCACAUCCCAAAUAUAUCUUUAGGAUAUCCCUAUGAUAUAUUUUGGACACCUCUGUUGUGUGGGGAGGCUAUUUAAUAUAAUUACGUUUAGAAUAGGUAUGACCAAAAUUAUUGGAUAAAUUAAAGUUUCAUGGGGAAAGAGUUUUAAUAAUAAUAUAUGUUGAUUCCAGGAUAUUCUUGGUACGUACAUUGAUAUUGUUAAAUAUUUAAAGUUUGGCAACUAAUAUUUUGCGUUCGGCUCUGACAUAUUCAAUUAUUUACGUUGUUUGAACCAUUAUAUUUUUAUCUUUCUGCGUUUUCUUCCAAGAAUAAGAAUAUUUUCAAGUAAAAUAUUAAAAUAGAAAUUUCAGUAUUUGAUGUUUCAAGUAAGUUGGAUAUUUAGCAGUGAAUCGUGCCUAGCGUGUGACAUUAUUUAAUUCUAGUGUAAUUUGUAUAUUUCAGUGACUCGUCUAUGGAUCCUCUGUUCCGGAUUCUAAUAGUUUUAAUGACUCAUUAAUUGAUUCUCCGAUUGUAACGGAUCAAAAAUCACAAUCGUGAUUUGGGCGCCUCGUUUGUGCGCAAUCGCAAAGACUGAGCGGCCGUGAUUAUAGGAGAGUUUUUUAAUUCGUCGAUGGAUCCAUUGUAUGAUGCGUAAAUACAGCGAAACAUUGCAUUUGCGCAUCAUGCGAUGGACUCAUCAAUGAAUUAAAAAACUCGACCUAUCCCAGACAGCACAAGAUCUUCUGAGGACGUCCUAAGGACGUCCUGAGGACGAAGAAUGUCCUCAGAACGUUCUCAAGAUGUCCUCUGGAUGUCUCCUGGAUAUCUGUGCUAUUAGGGAUCUUACGCGAAGGAACUAGUUGGAAGGGUGUGGAAUUCAGCGUUUCGCUAUUACGGCUGAACCGAUGUAGUUCUGAAUAGUCUUAAUCGAUUUCUUGGGUCAACAUUUCUUAAUAAAACUGUCUUUACUUUUGCUCUACACGUCCUGUGAGAAAUUCUAGCUGAAAGUCCAAAAUCGUCAGAUUUCACGAUGAAUACGAUGGCUCCAGCAAUGGCUCCUUCAAUAUUUUUCCGCUAGAUAGCAGCACGGAAUAGAUGAUUUCGUCAUCGUCGCGAGCGUUCAUGUGACAAAGAGAGAGAGAGAGAGAGUUGUCUAUAUUGGCACGUAAAGGUUAUGUUUGUUCGACGCUGUCGUCAGCGUUAAUGAUCAGUUUUCUCUUUCCUGUGCGAGGAUUACGAUCAUUCGAGUCUACAGUGGUGAAUACGUGGUAUAAACGAAGUGAAUCGAGGAAACAACGAAGUUUUUUUCAAAAUCGAUGUGAUAAACCAUGAGGGAGAAGUUGUGCAGCUGGAAAAAUAAAUAAGGAAACUCCAAAAAUUAAAAAAAACCAAUGAAAUAUGAAGUAAUGUGAAGCAAUGAAAUAUGAAAUAAUGUGUGAUUGUACUAAUGAUUGUAAUCAUGGUUGUGAUUGUGCUUAUAGAUGUGGUUAUGCUUGUGAUGGUUAUUGUGCUUGUAGUAGUAGUAGUAGUAGUAGUAGUAGUAAUGGUUUCGUUGCUGCCUCUUUUAAUUUUUGGAGCUCCACUUAUUUGUUUUUAAUUGAUAUCUUUAUAUAUAUAUAAUGUGUGCGUGUGUGCGCGUGUGUGUGUGUGUGCAUAUGUCUUACUUUCAGAGUUUGCUUUAUUUCUAUUUAAAUUCUUUAAGAUAUUAACAUCUUAAUACUUCCCAUAAAAUUGUACAAUUGAAACAUCGCAAGUAAAUUCAAUAUUGAGCUGUUCACCCUAAUAUUUUAUUAUUUGUAUUUUAUUAGUAUAUAAUACAUUUGAUUGUGUUUUAGUGAUUUGCCUCUGAAUUUACCAUAUAAACUGGUAUUUAAUGAUUUUCUAAGAUCGGCUCAGAAUGUAUCGCUUUGCAAUAAUAGUAAUAUUUUGGUUACGGAUCUUCCGGAAGCCUAGAGUGUCAACUCAGAAGUGAUCACCAGGAUGCAACCAGUACACCCUUGGAAGUGUUUUGCAUGCCGCAGACAUUUCAGAUUCAAGGUCCACUUCUUGAAACACAAAAGCUUGAAUGAUUGUCUGCAAUGCAGAAUUUGCCAUCAGUUUGACCUGCUAGAAGAAUUAAAUUGUCACUAUAAGACGUGUCAUAAACUUAAGCAUACCUUCCGCAAGUGCUCUUACAAGACAGAUACAGAGAACUGUUUGAUUCAACACAUAAUAUCGGAACACAAUAUUACUGACAUUUUCCCUUGUGACAUCUACUCCAAGAAGUUCAAGAGAUGGGAUGUUCUUAAGAGACAUAUGGAAACCACCCACACUAAGAUAAAAUGCGACAAGUAUAAUGGUGUCUUUAAAAACAAAUAUAACUUAAAGACCCACAAGGGCAGAAUACACUCAGAGAUAAAUUUUUUUGCAAAAGGUGUGCGUUUACCUUCAAAACGAAGGUUCCCUGAAGGCUUCGUCCCUUCAGGACGAAGUGGACCAACAUAAUGCCAAGUGUCACGAUUGGACUUGUUCGCAAUGCUACAAAAAGAUAUUAAUAUUCUCUAAUAUAGAACCACACAUGCGGCUUCAUAGGAAUGAAAAAUCUUUUAUCUGUGACGCUUACGGCAACGCAUAUGUUUCUAAGAAGGUUCUGGUCAACCACUUGAGGAAACAUCAUCCUGCUUCCUGAAUCGUUGAUGAUGAUACUCAAGAAAAACAUUGUUGUAGACUUUCCGACGGCUCAUGAGACGAAAGAAAGUGAAACAUUUAGAUCAUUUAGAUCAAAUAAAAGGAAAGGCAGAGAAAUAACGUUUACUGCGCUCUUUGGAUUUUUGUGAACGAAUGUCUUUCUACGAAUGUUACUAUUGUGAAUUUUGUACUGAGUUUAUAAUUACUUACGCUUCUUAUAGAUUUUUCUUAGAUUUAGUGACUCUCUAUACGCGGAAUAAUAAGCGCGAUAUGUAAGAAAGAAUAGGAGAGUGAUUUUACGAUGCAUUGUAUACAUGUACAUAUGUUAUAUCGUUUACUUAAGAUAAAUGCAGUAGUAAUGUCAUGUCUUUUGUAGGAUGAUGAAUCUUGAUAAUAAAAGUACAAUCCUUA